GCUAAUACAGGAUGCAACCCACUGUAUUAAACCAGCCCGUUCCAUAACUCAGAGGGACUUGCUCAUCAAUGGCAGGUGAUAUCACGUAUGUGGACGUGGCAAUGCUACCGAGGGAAAGACCACACAUUCCUUCUCGGACACCGGUUUCAGGAAACUUGAUCACAUAUGCUGAGCUGCGCAUGAAGCCGAAACCCAAAGGGAGCAGCAGAUCAGAGACUUCCUCUCCUGGUUGUCGACACAGGCGCUCAGCCUGGUUCUACGUGGCCCUGGCCCUGGGAGUCCUUGUGCUCGUCCUGCUAGGCAUCAUAGCCAUACUAGCCAAGCAAUUUUUGAAGGACAGAGCAGGAAAGUCGGAAAGUUUGCCUCACUAUCUAAAUAGCACUGGCAAUCAUGUUUCUUCAGAGAAGACGGUCUCGGCUGUGCCCCUGAAAUGGCUCAUGGAGGAACUGUGUGAAGACGGACGGCAUGAGGAAAGAGCAAUAUGUGAGCUGUGUCCUCCUGGGUGGCAACUACACAGGAGGAGAUGUUACUACUUCUCUGAGGACACUGUAAGCUGGCAUGACAGCAAGAAAAACUGUCUGGCCAGGAAAUCCCAGCUUCUUGUCAUUGAAGAUGAAAUUGAGAUGGAAUUUAUAGACAAUAAAGAGAAAGAUACCAAAUAUAUCUGGAUUGGGACGAAGAUUGAAGACAUAAAGAAACAAUGGACUUCAGCUGACGAUCCUGGAGUAAAAGAAAACAGGAUACCUAUAAAUAGGAUUGAGACUGACAAGAACUGUGCUGUUUACAGAAGAAAAAACAUGAUCCAAGCAGAUAACUGCCAGACUUUAAAGAAGUGGAUCUGCAAGAAGAAUGCAACUUUGUUGACGCUCUGAGCCAAAUUGUCAGACAGGAGGCAGAGCUUUUUGUCAGAAGACUCAUCACUGAUAAAAUAACAUGUGAUGUAAAUAAUUUCAUGAGACUUGCACAGAAAUUUGCAUUUCACUGUUCUGUGCUCCCUAAGACUUUGUCUGAUGCAAACAGGGAACCUGGAAACUGCCAGGUGUCAGCGUGAAGGUCAUGCAACAGGA